AUGAUUUUACUGAAAUUAUAUAAACAAUCGCCUGAUUAUCUAGUUGAGUUCUUUGAAACUGCAUUGCUCAGGUCCAGGAAUUUAAGGCCAGGUGGUUCCUUGUUCCCUGCAUCUCUCAAGCCCCACGAUUCACUCCCAGACCCGAAAAAGUCAGAAGCAGCCGUGAACCCUGACGAAUCUCGCAGUAUCUGCGGAAGUAGACGCAUUGUGAACAGCGUGUCGUCAAUCAAAAAACUAGAGAACUGCAGAGUGAUUCAGGGGGACUUACAAAUCAUUCUCAUCGAAAGUGACGAAGAUCUGACGGACGAGUGGUCGAAUUACUCGUUUCCGAACCUGGUCGAAAUAACCGGGUUCCUGCUCGUGUUCCGCGUGCACGGCCUCCAGUCUUUAGGUCAGCUCUUCCCAAACCUGGCAGUCAUCAGGGGACUCACGAGGCACAGGGACUACGCCCUGAUUAUCUGGAACGCAGCACACAUGAGGAGUGUAGGGCUAGCCAACUUAACCAGCAUCUUAAGAGGCAACGUCUGGAUAGAGAACAACGCGAAUCUUUGCACAGUCGACACGGACUGGUCCUUGAUCACGACGGAGAAUUAUACAGAAAGCGUUUUCAAAAGGAAUAAGAACGAAUGUGACCCUUGUACAAACUGCCAACUCAAGCACUGUCGUUCAGAACCCAUUUGUCGAACAAAGUGUGACCCUAAAUGUGGGAAUCGUGGUUGCGCGAACAACCACUUGUGCUGCCAUGAGGAAUGUGUUGGUGGCUGUAAGAAGCCAAAUGACACUUUAUCCUGCACUGCCUGUCGCCACUUUCAGGAGGAGAAUCAAUGCAAGAAGAAGUGUCACGGAACUGACUAUUACAAGUACUUAGGUUACAGGUGUGUUACCAGUUCGAAGUGCGUCGAGAUUGGUGGGUACCUUCACGCACAGCCUGGCAGGGAGCAGGAAUGCGUCCGCAAGUGUCCACUGGGUUACCAGAACGACACAAAGCCUGAUCUUGGAGAGACAAAGGUUCCGUACUGCAAGGAAUGCAACGGGGGCAUUUGCGAGAAAACAUGCCGAGGUCGGUUCAUCACCAGCCCAGGAAAUGCCCAGGCUCUAAAGGGCUGUACAGUGAUUGCUGGAUCCCUUGAAAUCAGCAUCUCUGGUGGCGCCAACAUCUCGAAGAGGUUGAGAGAAAGCCUGCAAAACAUCCGAGAAGUGACUGGCUAUGUACGAGUCUUCAGAUCGAAGUCGCUGACGUCCUUGGAUUUCCUGAAGUCUCUCGCCAUCAUCGGAGGGGACAAGCUGUACGAUGACAGAUAUGCCCUGUUCGUCCAUGACAACGAAUAUCUGGAGACCAUCUGGAAUCGGGAGAUCCAAGGCAAUCUCACCAUAAGGAAGAGUGAGGCGAAAGUCCUGUUCCACUCGAACCCCCACCUGUGUUAUGACAAGAUCCGAGACUUCCUGAAGAGAGUAGUAGUAGUUGGGGUGGUGGGGGUUCUAACCCCCACAACAGUGGGGCGAUCUAAGGAGUCGUUAGUCAUGACGCUCUCGAACGGGAAUAAAGUAGCUUGUAACAUCAUGCCCCAGGACAUCAGGGUGGAGCCAACGGACACGAACCUACGAGGCGUCUUGAAGAUCUGGUGGAAGGUUCCCACCAUAGAUGAUGACAGGCUGCUCCUUGGGUAUUAUGUCUACUACAAAGCCUCUGAGGGGCGCGAGACAUACUCAGGUGGAAGGGAUUCGUGUACCGACGAUUGGAUGAAAAAGUACGUGAAGGCGGUUAAAGCCAAAGACGAAAUCGAAGGGCAAGCCAAAGACGAAAUCGAAGGGCAUGCCAAAGACGAAAUCGAAGGGCAAGCCAAAGACGAAAUCGAAGGGCAAGCCAAAGACGAAAUCGAAGGGCAUGCCAAAGACGAAAUCAAAGGGUAUUUGAAGGACUUGGAGCCAGAUACCACCUACGCAGUGUACGUCGAGGUAGACUCCAUCCUGGAUGAAACGAACUACGCUCGCCUCAGGUCACGCGUCGUCUACGCCAGGACGAACCCCUUCAACCCCGACAGUCCCAGCGACAUAAGACUAUCGGAGGUUACCGAAGACACCGCCACCGUCAGCUGGUCUCCCCCUCGAAGGACCUACGGAGUCAUAGACCAUUACGUCGUGAGGGUGAAAGCGUGGCCCUUCCCCCCGGUGGGAGGCUGCGACGAUGUCCUCAGUCCGGGAUAUUCAACGGCUACGUACUCUCUCCACGGCGAGAAUGGCAAGAGCACGACCACGAUUCCUUCGGAGGACGCUGAGGCUUCGACGGAGCCAACCCCAAAGGACUGGAAGGAGGAGCUCUCACCAUCUCCCCUCGAAGCCCGAAGGCAACAACUGAAGAAGAUCAGAUCUGAGGAUGCUCUUUUCAGCCUGGUUUACACGGGAGAAGGACUUGAGCAUUGGAGUGACUCCAGUGAUGACAGCGUUUGGGAAUAUACCGAUUACGUCGACAGUUCCGAACUGGAUCAAGUCAUGCCUAAGCUACCUGAAUCGUCGCUAACAGAAUACAUCAAUCCGGACAAGGUAGACCACGCGGACAGCUAUCUGUCGAUGAAAUUUCAGAAGGAGUGGACAGUGGCCACCAGGAAGACGAGUCUUAAAAUUCCAGGACUCCAGUCUCACAUGCGAUACUUAGUGAAGGUAGUCGCCUGCCACCAACCCACAGGAGACCGGGUCCUCUGCUCCACGGAACCCAAAACCAUCUCUGUCGUCACAUCAGAGAAAAGUGGUUCCAACGAAGUGACCGACUUGUCCGUGCUGGACAGCCCACGGACCGGUGUGCUGAGAAUAAGUUGGAACCCACCCAGGCGUCUCAACGGGGAGCUGGUCGCGUUCAUCGUCACCCUGCACGUACAGAAAACCGCCCGGCAACAGAAAACCGCCAGGCAGUACUGGCCUACGGAAAACAAUUCCAAAAUGUUGUGCAUCGGAGCUCAAGAGUUCAAGGAGAGGAACGAAACUUUCGACAUUGAGGUGAGCGAUCUGGAGCCGGGAGUGUAUGUCCUCGGCGUCAGCACCGUCUCGAACCCCCCGUCAGCCUCCAACUCUUCUUUCCUCGACGUCCUCAUCAAGAGAAAGAUGGAAACAGCCACAGUCUUUCCGAGCACCACAAUAUGGACUGUGGUGUUCGUGUUCACCAUCCUCCUGAUAGCGUUGGUGACCACCUUCUUCUUCAAGAAGGCCCGUAAGAAGGACCCUGACUUUAACCGCGAGGUUCUCGCCGGGGAUGAUGCCGGCUCGUCCUCGACGAACAAGUAUCUGAGACGCACGUUCCCGGAAUCCCACAUCCUGCAGAGGGACGACCUCGAAAUCCAGUUCCACCACCUGCUGGGCAGAGGUCACUUCGCCGACGUUUACGGAGGAGUCCUGAACCUCGUCGGCGACGCCAGCAGGUCCUCCGUCCCGAUCGCGGCGAAGGUCAUCUCCAAUAAUUGUCAGUCCAAGGACGAGAUUUUGCACGAGGCAAAGAUCAUGCUGGAGCUCGACUGUCACCACCUGGUCAAGCCCUACGGCGUAGCGGCGGGGCCCUCAGAGGUGUACUUAGUCAUGGACUUGGCCUUACAAGACUUGUGCUCCUACCUGAGAUCCUUGCAGCCCCGAGACAGCAGUAUAUUCACCUCGCUCACUCAUCAGCAAGUGUGCGCCCUCGCCAUCCAGAUAGCGGAUGGAAUGGCUUACUUGGCCAAGCGUGGCAUCGUUCACAGGGACCUGGCUGCCCGCAACUGUCUCCUCUUCGAGAACCUUCACGUUAAGGUGUCCGAUUUUGGAAUGUCUCGAGUCACCGAUAACAAUUACUACAAGAUAAAGACCACGAUAAGUGUCCCAGUUCGGUGGCUUCCGCCGGAGUAUUUCAACCAUAAAAGGGUCACCAGUCAAAGCGACGUUUGGAGUUACGGCGUCGUCGUUUGGGAAAUCCUGACGAAGGGAGCAUUGCCUUACAAGAGAGUCUCGGACGAUAGAAUAUGGGACCACAUUUCCGAAGGGAAUACCCUGGAAUCUGAGAUUACCGACGACACCCCGCCUUUCCUGGCUGCCCUGAUGACCAGUUGCUGGAACAAGGUCGAGAGUCUCAGACCUUACUUCCCCCAAAUUGUCGAGAGACUGUACUCUCAGACUUCGCCCUGUUUCUCCGAGGAAUUCAGGACGGUAUCGUUCUACCACACAACGCAGGGCCAACAGUAUAAGCGCGAGGUGGACAUACUACGGGCUGCAGCAAACGAACCCAUUACAUGCGAAAGUGUCCGAUGUGACUCCCAGUCUCCUACACAGCCACCUGUUUCAGGCUACGUCUUGAAGAAAGGCGGCUGUGAUCGCCCUUCUCUGCCUUCCUCGGUGCCUCAAGAAACACAGAGACUUUUAGGGGACAGUGUUUUGAUCGAAGAGGAGGAAUCGGAAACGCAGCAGCUCUUGGGUGCUGCGGAAUCUGCAAAUGGAACGUCUUCCUCUCUCGAAAACGGGACAACCAGCUCUGUUGAUUCAACAUUCGAGGUCUGCAGUGGAACAGUCAGUUUGAACCCUGACUCGGAGAGCCGGGAAUCUUCGUUCAAAUCGAAUGAUGACACUGACGACCAGGCAGAAAGCACCAGCGUCAAUGUAGACAUACAGAGAGCAAGGUAUUCGUUCACGUCUACGCGUAAUCUCUCGCAAAGCAAAUCUGGUAGACGAAGUAGAGCAUUUAGCUAUCACGGCGUUACCUCUUUCAACAUUGAAGAUUAGUAGUACUACCUACUUGUCAGAGUAGAUCUGCCCUUCACAUUUGCAAUCAUGAAUUCCAAGCACUGUGAAAAAGGUUUGGUGUUCGUGCAAGUUCAUAAAUGUAUUUUGUAUCAUGUAUAUCGGAAGCUAGCGCAUCAGAGUGGCCUUUGUUGUUUUGUUUAGAUAUUCAUUAUAAUUCUUAAGUUUCUUAUCAUGAUGUUAUGGUUGUUCCUUCAUUGUAGUACUCUCGCGCGUCGCACAAUUAUACGUUUGGGACUUCAAAUAGCACAACAUUCAAGGA